UCGCACCGUACAGACGUGUCCCACGAAACGGGGAAUAAAUUACGCGAGUGCAUAUUAAAAAAAAAAUUACGUAAUGAAGGUUGGAAUGAGAGUUCGUAAGCGGUAAUGCAAUGAGCGGCGUGCGUGAUGACACCUAUUUACUUGGUCGUGCUAUUGACAGUGCUGGACUUUUGUGUGCCGUUGUACCACGAUCAGUUUGCGCUGCUCGUGCCAGACGGCCGUGCAGAUGAGCUGGCCCAAAGGCAUGGCUUCGUUAACCAUGGACAAAUUGGAGACUUGAAACAUUACUAUUUAUUUUCACAUCCACACCUAAAUAAGAGAUCAGUAAACGCAAGUAGAGAAUAUGAAAUUCGUCUCAAAAAUGAUCCCCAGGUGAGAUGGGUGAUGCAGCAAAGAGAGCUUAGGAGAACCAAGCGGGACCACAACCCACGACAUGUCAUGCGACAGUCGACCUCUCCGUCGUUUCCUGACCCUCUGUUCAAGGAGCAGUGGUAUUUGAACGGAGGCGCGGCGGACGGCUUGGACAUGAAUGUUGGGUACGCUUGGAAGAAAGGCUACACGGGGAAGGGAGUCGUUAUAACGAUACUGGACGACGGGAUACAGCCUAACCAUCCCGACCUGCUGCAAAACUACGAUCCAGCGGCAUCAACGGACAUAAACGGGAACGACACCGAUCCGACGCCGCAGGACAAUGGAGAUAAUAAACAUGGCACCCGAUGUGCGGGCGAAGUUGCUGCGGUCGCCUAUAACAAAUACUGCGGCGUAGGCAUAGCGUACAAUGCUAGUAUAGGAGGCAUAAGAAUGCUGGAUGGCCUAGUUAACGACGCAGUGGAAGCUAAAGCGCUAGGCUUCAAUACACACCACAUAGACAUCUAUAGCGCUUCCUGGGGGCCUGAGGACGACGGGAAAACUGUCGACGGACCGGGCCCCUUAGCUAGAAGGGCCUUUAUAAACGGCGUAACAAAUGGAAGAGGGGGGAAAGGGUCUAUUUUUAUAUGGGCAUCGGGGAACGGAGGGAGGCACACCGACUCCUGCAACUGCGAUGGCUAUGCGAAUAGCAUAUUUACUAUAUCAAUUUCAAGUGCCACCCAAGGAGGUUACAAGCCUUGGUAUUUAGAAGAAUGUUCCUCAACUUUAGCUUCGACGUACAGUUCGGGUACUCCCGGUAGAGAUAAAAGCGUUGCGACUGUUGACAUGGAUGUUCAGUUGCGGCCAGAUCAUAUUUGCACAGUUGAUCAUACGGGGACUUCGGCGUCAGCGCCGCUAGCCGCAGGAAUAUGUGCUCUUGCACUAGAAGCAAACUCUUUACUUACAUGGAGAGACAUGCAACAUCUUAUCGUUAUGACUUCCCGAUCGCAGCCGUUAGAUAAAGAGGAAGGGUGGAUCGUGAACGGCGUAAUGAGAAAAGUAAGUCAUAAAUUCGGCUACGGACUCAUGGACGCUGGUCAAAUGGUUUCCCUCGCCGAACAAUGGAUAAAUGUACCACCGCAACACAUAUGUAAGUCUCAAGAAAUAAACGAGGACAGGUCGAUAGAGACUUCCUUUGGCUACACGAUAUCCGUUCACAUGGACGUGAAUGGCUGUAGUGGUACGAUAAACGAGGUCAGAUUUUUGGAACAUGUUCAAUGUAAAAUUUCACUGAGUUUUUUUCCUAGAGGAAAUUUGCGGAUACUGCUUACGUCACCGAUGGGUACUACGUCGACCCUUUUGUUGGAAAGGACUCACGACGCCACUAGUUCUAACUUCGACGACUGGCCGUUUCUCAGUGUACAUUUUUGGGGUGAAAACGCGGAAGGACGAUGGACACUUCAAAUAAUAAACGCGGGAAAUAAUCACGUCACCCAGCCAGGAGUAUUGAAAAAAUGGCAGCUCAUUUUCUACGGCACAGCGACGGAUCCAAUACGACUGCGAAAUAAAAGUUAUUUCAAUUCCAAUAACGUUCAACAAGAGGAGAAACCUUAUCACAUCAACGAUGUAUAUGACGCGUCGGAAUAUUCCCACUUUCUCAAUGAAAUCGAGCUCGGCGUUUCAGAUAGACGUAGUUACCAGAAAAAUAUUCCAUCGGCUCAGAGGAAAAAUGUGUUAGCCGAUGCCAAUGAUAAACAGGUGCAAAGGUUGUGUGACCCAGAGUGUGACUCCCAGGGUUGUUAUGGUAAAGGGCCGACGCAAUGCGUUGCUUGCAAACACUAUCGAUUGGACAACUCUUGCGUUUCGAGAUGCCCACCGAGGAGUUUUGUGAAUCAGGGUGGGGUUUGUUGGCCUUGCCACGAGUCCUGCGAAACUUGCGCUGGUGCCGGUCAAGACUCAUGUCUCACAUGUGCUCCAGCUCAUUUACUUGUUGUAGAUUUAGCUGUGUGUUUACAACAGUGCCCUGACGGCUACUAUGAAGAUCAAGACGCGAUUGCCUGUUUCCCGUGCGCAGAACAUUGCGACACGUGUUCAGAGAAGGCUGAUAUGUGUUCUUCGUGCGCUCAUAGCUACGUGCUGUAUAAUGGUUCGUGUCUGGCAACCUGUCCACCGGGCACCUUUCAAAAAGACGACUUAGGUUGUGUACAAUGCCAUGAAACCUGCGAAUCCUGCAGCGGUCCAAGUGAGACUGGGUGUGUUUCGUGUCGGAUAGGCGAUUACGCAUUCAAGGAUCGCUGUGUAUCUAAUUGCCCCACGGGGAGUUAUGCGGACGUACAAAAAAGAGAAUGUAUCCCGUGCCCGAUUGGAUGUUCAAUUUGCACAUACUCAGUGUGUUCUGUUUGCCAAGAGAAAUGGAUUCUGGAUAAAAGGGGAAAUUGUCAGCCCGACGGGAAUGAAAAAUGUGAUACUAACGAAUAUUACGAAGGAGGGCGUUGCAAAAACUGUCAUUCCACUUGCGAGAAAUGUAGCGGAUCAAAUGAGUGGGACUGUUUAUCUUGUUCAAACCCGUUGUUAUUGCAGGGAUCGAGGUGCGUCGCGGAAUGCGGCCAAGGUUAUUACCAAACUGCGGGCAGUUGUUCUCAAUGUCCCCACACGUGCACGACUUGUGUAUCCCGUUUGAAUUGCACGUCUUGCAGUGGGUCCUUAAGGCUACAAUCUGGAACGUGUCGGGCGACCUGUGCGUCAGGAUAUUACCUUGAUGAGGGGAUAUGUUCUAAGUGCUACUUGUCCUGUGAGACUUGCACCGGGCCGAGGAGAGAUCAGUGCGCCUCAUGUCCUCCAGACUGGAGAUUGGCAGCAGGGGAAUGUAGGCCGGAGUGUCCACAGAACUUUUUCACAUGGGGGGAGAGUUGUAGACGAUGUCAUCACUAUUGCCAGGAUUGCCACGGAGCAGGCCCUCAGAGAUGUACGUCUUGCCCGCCUCACUUCUCUCUAGAAAGCGGAUUAUGCGUGGAGUGCCUUAGCUCGCAGUAUUACGAGCCUAGAUCGAGGACUUGCCGUCCAUGUCAUGAUUCCUGCAGAUCUUGCUCGGGAUCUGGACCUACUAGUUGUGUAACUUGCGCACACCCUUUACGUUUAGACAGAGUGAACCACAAAUGCUUGCCGUGUUGUACAGAGAGCAUGGUUUCGUUAUAUUUAAGUACUAAUCAAUCGACUGACUGUUGCCAUUGUGAUAGAGAUGUGGGAGGUUGUCUAAACGGCUCGUCGGCCGGCAAGCGGCGUAUCGCAGACAACAUCGGCACGCGUAUGACGGCCUCAUUUUUUGUCGACAACGCAACCGACCCGCAGAAUGUGUGGGACCGUGAUUUAUUGAUACUGCUGAGUGCGGGCGCGACACUUUUGGUGAUAUCCGUCCUUCUCAUUGUAGUUAGGUUCAGAUCAAAAAGGCGUAAGCAGCUAACGCCUUUCCCAAGAACGGUUUAUUCCCAACUGAACUCAAUAGAUGAAGAUUUUACCACAACCGGCUUAUCAGCAAACACUGCUUUGAGGGUGAAACUGAAUGGAGACCACAGUAACACUGACAAAGAACCAACAUAGUAAUAUAAACACUAAGUCAAUAUAAUUAGAAUAAAUUUUACACUGCAGACUGAUAUGUAGAAGUUUCUAUAGGUACAGUUUAGUCGUCGUGUUUUACAGCUGAAAUCUGUGGUGAAACGUUUAGAAAUUUGUAAGGGUUGAAGUAAAUAAAAGGUAAGAAAUAUUUUUUCCAUUAAUUUUAAAAUAAUUGCCUAUUGUUGUGUUUUAUACUAUGAUAAUGUGUAUUAUAAUCUGAUUCCAAUUUAUUAUCAGAAUACAUUCCCCCUUAGUAGUACCAGUAUACGCAUGCUGAAAUAAGAAUCAAUGUGAUAUUCUGUUCUAAUCUUUUUUGACUGAUCCUCAAAAGAAGUUCAAAAAUUUAAAAAGGGAUUUUCUUUAGUAUGAAAACAAGUCAUUUAUACUCCCUUUUUAAUGUUUAAUUUCUUAUUUUUUUAUUAUUUUUUAUGUUUAGUACAAAAGUCGGCAGAAUUUUAAGCAUGAUCAACUUUUUAAAUAUAAUCACUUUUACAUUUUGUCUUGUAUUAGUAAGCCAUCAGAUUUUAGCCGUAAAAUGCGUAUAAAUUAUUAUUACGAAUAAUUAUACCAACGGUUUCCUGGAGGCCAUAAAUGUUUUGGUGUAUCAGUUUUCACGGACCAUAUUGUUAACUGAGUAAACUGAAGUAUUGUAAACUAUUUUGCUUAACGGAAUCAAAAUUAAACUUUAUAAAGUUGUAAAUUGUAUCGUAUAGAACUAAUUGAUCUCGAGCCUGUAAACUAUAGUUACAUAGAUUACAAGAAUCAUUAUUAAAUAAUGAUUUUAAAAAUGAGAGUGCUAAUUUUACUCUUUUUUAUUUUCAUUGUUGUGUAGUUUAAAUUUAAUGUUAUGAUGAAAGUGUUAAUUAUGUUAUAUUUUAUUAAGUAAUUAAUGAUCAGUGAACGUAGUUUUAAUAUGAUUUGGUUAAAUAUUAUUUAGGAAGCAAGUGUUCUAAUAAAGGUAUAGUUUUAAUUUUACAGAUUGAUUUAUCGUAUUAAUUUAAACGUGCAGUGUUAAAGUUAUUUUUAAAAUUAGAAAUAUAUAAGUUUUUUAGGGAAUUAAAGGACUUUUUUUCUAAGCAUAACAUUUGAUUUUUUUUUCUUUAUAGAAAAUACUGUUACACACAUAUUGACAGUAUUGUUCUUAUUGCAAUUAACAGUUUUCUGGAGCAUUUCGAAUACUAGAAACUCAUUAGCAGGUUUUUGCGGUGUUAUAUUAUUAUUAUCAUCAUUUUAAAAGCCGAUCCGGUCCAUUGCAGGACAUGGGCCUUUUGUAGGGACAUACAAACAUUACGAUCCUAAGCCGCCCGUAGUUUUAUAUUAUGAUUAUCAUUUAUUAUAUGAUUGAGACGAUUUGCACCCUUAGCCGUUGCAUAAUUGUUUACUAGAGUGGUUCAGUUCAUUUAGAGUCAAGUAAUAUUUUCAUAGUUAAAGCUAACACUCGUUUACGGCGUUUAAACUGCCAUUUAACAUUACCUUGUCUUGGUAAAAUUACUAAUUUCUAUUCUUUUAAAAAUAAUAUUAUCAAAAAAAUUAAAAUUCAUUUACUAAGCGCAGAUGCUCUAAAUUUUUGUUAUGAAAUAUUUCAUUAUCUUUUUAAUUAUGUUCGGAGUCGGAUGAAUAUAAAAGGGGAUGUAAAAAUUUAAUAUAACCACCCGCCUCUGAACAUUGCAAUUUAAAGGGCAACACUGAAUGAAGAUAGAAUUUAUGACUUUUUACAUAUUUUUUAUAGGUAAAUAUAGAAACAUACAUUGUAUAUACUCGUGGAUAGGUUAGAUAAUUCCUGUGGUUAUAUGCGCAAGGUUUUUUUUUAACAUUUUUUUCCGAUAGUUCCGUUCAGUUUUAGUUUUUUUUUUUGAAUAAAACAAAGCUAAUAGGUAGGUAUUUUGAAUGAAAUUGCUCAAUGAUGUUCGAAAAAAAAGAGGUAGAUACGUUAUACGCGAACCGCAAGUGGCACGUUAAAACUAUGCUUAUUAGCAAACCUGAACUCAGUCGCCGCACUGUCAUGGCGCCGUUGACAACGCCGCUGAAACAUGUUUGUGGUUCCGUAGCGUGCCAGUUGUAAACAUCGAAUGUGGUUUAGGUAACCUAUCUACCUCCUUUUCUUCUAACAUCAUUGUAAAUUACUAAUGAAAAUAUAUAUCAUCAAAAUCAAUGUUAGGUUUUCUGACAAUUUGAAUAUUUACAAUUAGAAAUGUCUAGAAACAAAUAACAGAAAGAAAGAUCUGCAUUAUACCAAAUUCCAUCUUAUUCAAUCUAGUCAUUUUUAGGUUACAUGUGAUUUUCCUUAUAUUUAUUGCAGAGAUAAUAAUUAUACUGUUUUUGUGAACAAGGCAAUUAUCACCAAUAAUUAUUAUUAAUAAAUAAAAAUAAAUUUACUCGCAAUUUACCCUAUUGAAUUGAACACAAUGAAUACUAAUUUAUAUUGAAUAUACCAGAUAUCUUAUAAUUUUAUUAAUUAGCGUGAUUGAAUAAACUAAUUAGGAUGAAAACAAAAGGAAGUUUCAAGUGAGGACGCGAUAAUAUUUUCUUUGCUGAUUACUAAUGUUGAAACUUCAUGCUGGCGACUUUGACUAACGAUCGAGGGUAGUAUGAAUUAUGAUAGUGGCAAACUUUAUGGAGAUUUCUUUUGUUGUUUGAAUAAAUACUUGCGAAUUGUUCGAGAUGUAGUGUUUUUUUUUAGUUCUCUCUCUCCGCGUCGUGUUCCUCAUUACUGAGGGUCGUGACCCCUAUCACACAUUCACGACUUUUUCCCGCACGAUGUCGCGCCAUGCGGCUCGGCUUUUCGCGACUUGUAGAACUUCGUGUAUUUUUGUAUCUAGAGUGGUGCGGAUUUGAUCUGACCAACGCAUCGGGCUGCGUCCCCGAGGUCGCUUUCCUUCCACUUUGCCAGUGAUGACAAGUUUCUCUGGGUUAAUUUUUUUUAGUUAAGUAACCGUCAAAGUUGAGUACCCUUUGCAAAUGUUGAGUGGUAGAGAUCCGAGAUAAAAUGUGCGAUCAAGAUUUUUGUUAUUGCUGGGUUCGAGUAAUGUGGAAUUGUUAUUGAAAUAUGAUAUUGUUAUUGCUACAUUUGAAAUGGUUGGUUGAUUGAUAACUUCAAUCAGAAACCUUAAAAAAACUUGUUACCGGCUUGUGCCGAUCGACAAAUCUCAGCUUUAUUUGAGUUUGAUCGGGACUCCUAUAUAUAUUUACUUACUUAUAUAAAUCGAGUUGAUUGUAUUUCAUGUUAUGGGUAGCUGGGCGUUAUUUUAAAGACUACUUUAUGCCUCCUUCCUUCCCUUUUUUUUUACCUACACAAGGUAUGUCAAAAAGUGAAUGAUAUAAUUCGGUAAAUUUAAAUUAUUUUAAGCAAUCGAGCUAAAGUUAAAAGACAGAUCAGUAAAUAUAUUACUGUGAUUAUAUAUUGUGUAGACAUUUUUUUAUUAUAUUUUCAUCAAAAAUGUACGUCAUAUUUAUACUACAAUGUUCAGUUUUAUGCCGAUCAAUGUAUAUGUUAAUAUUCAUUUUAGGCGUUUAAUGUAUUUUUUUAAAUGUCCAUAUUAUAUGUUUGUUGUUAUAUAAAAUAGUUAAAUAGAAAUUUAUGUAUUAGAACAGUUAUUUUUAAUAAUUAUUAUAAUUUUACAGUUAUAUCAUUAUUAUCUAAAUAAAUGAACUCUUAAAUGGGCGCAAUUUCUUUUAUCACAACUUUUAUAGCUCAUUAAGCAGUCAUUUCUAUACGUUAUGUAAGCGUCGGGCGUGUUUUGUAUUCAAUGUUAUAAGUAAAUUAAUUAUUAUCAAGAAUUUAAGCACUGCUGUAGUUUUAAGGAUUUAAAAUUUGAUUGUGUAUUUAAAAUAUUGUUUCGCUGUGUAAAUAAAACAAAUCAAUUAUAUUAUAGAAUGUAAACUUUAGUUGGCGUUGUGUAAAUAUGUAAAUAACAGUGUAAAUAUAUUGAUGGUUUUUAUGACGGCA